AUGUUUAAACAUUGUUCGUGGAAUGGAAAACCAUUCAACUGUUGCAGACAUUUUCAACCACACCGAUUCAUCAUUGAAAAUCCCUGUUUUUGCAUCAAUUCUCUACAAACAAUUAACAAGAAAAAGAAAUUAGUCGUAAGCCAUUUUUCAAAAAAUGGAGAGUUUAAAAUGGAAUUCAAUGAGCCAGUUGAGAUUUCACUGCACAGUUCGGUAGACGUACGAUUUGGGGAGUUACAGCAACAAUACGUUACGAUAAACGCUGGCGACGAAAUGGAACUGUUGUAUACGACCCGUCAAGUCGUCGAGCACGUUUCGUUGGUAGCUUUGGACUUGACCAGACGCGGAUGUUUGUUGCAAGACGAGAGGAAGUUAUUUCAUCACCCCGUUUACAGUAAAUCCGCCUGUUUACUAGAGUGUGCUCUGCGCCAACCCGAAGUAUACGCUAAAAAUUAUACGUUGUGCGAUUGUCCUCCAACAUGCGCAGAAAUGGAAAUAAACGCCGUAUGGAAUGGAACCCAGAGAUCGAUCGAUAAUGUUACAAGAAGCAUUCUCACGAUGACAAAACCAGCAACGGAACGAUUGGUAAUGAAAGCCAGAAAAGAUUACGUUGAUUUAAUAGGUAAACAUUCUUAA